GCAUUUCUCAGAAAGAAUGAGGUAACCUGCAAGCUUUUCCUGUUGCUCAAAUCUCCCUCUUUCAUCCUCUGAGCUUCAGUCUGCUCCCAUCUCCACUCCAGUCUGGAUUGUUGCUCUUUCCCUAAUAUUGUAGAAGUUGGAAUGACAUGGUCUUGAACUGAGGCUGCUGUAAUGAGAGCUUGUGUUCUUGGAUCAAUUUGUGCUCUUCUCAUGCUCCUGUGGGAGCCUGGAUGCCAAGGGGAUGAGGUUACAACCAGCACAGUGAACCCAUGCUGUUAUCUGCCUUGUCAACACUGGAGUGUUUGUGUGCGCCACGGCCAGGACAAGUACGAAUGUGACUGCACUCACACUGGCUACUACGGACAAAACUGCACAAUCCCGGAAUUAUGGACCCGGGUGCGUCAGUUCCUCAAGCCUAGUCCAGAUGUAGUGCACUACAUUCUCACCCACUUCCACUGGCUCUGGGACAUUAUCAACAACACUUUCUUACGGGACACCCUCAUGCGUCUGAUUCUAACAGUGAGGUCCAACUUGAUUCCCAGUCCUCCCACUUUCAAUUCAAAAUAUGGCUACCUCAGCUGGGAGUCCUACUACAACCUCAGCUACUACACCAGGAUCCUGCCGCCUGUUCCUGAGGACUGCCCCACGCCUCUGGGCGUCAAAGGCAGAAAUGGGCUCCCUGACCCCGAGGUGUUGGUUGAGAGGCUGCUGAAAAGAAGGACAUUCAGACCCGACCCUCAGGGCUCCAAUCUUAUGUUUGCUUUCUUCGCUCAGCACUUCACCCACCAGUUCUUCAAGACAUACAAUAGCAUGGGUGUGGGCUUCACUAAGGCUUUAUCGCAUGGGGUUGACGCGGGGCACAUUUAUGGAGACAACUUGCGACGUCAGCACAAGCUCAGGCUUUUUAAAGAUGGAAAAAUGAAAUAUCAGAUAAUCAAUGGAGAAAUGUACCCCCCUACCAUAGCUGAUGCUCCUGUGAAGAUGAGCUACCCUCCUGGGAUCCCUUCAGAGAGACAGAUGGCCAUUGGUCAGGAGGUGUUCGGGCUGCUCCCUGGUUUGGGGUUGUAUGCCACGCUGUGGCUUAGAGAGCAUAACAGAGUCUGUGACGUCCUGAAAGCAGAGCACCCAACCUGGGAUGACGAGCAGCUCUUCCAGACCACCCGCCUCAUCAUCAUAGGUGAGACCAUACGAAUCGUCAUAGAGGAUUACGUGCAGCACCUCAGCGGCUACCUACUGAAGCUCAAGUUUGAUCCCUCCCUGCUGUUUCAGUCCCAGUUUCAGUACGGGAACCGGAUCUCGCUGGAAUUCAGCCAGCUCUAUCACUGGCACCCCCUGAUGCCUGACAGCUUCCACAUUAACGGGGACGAGCUGUCGUACUCGCAGUUCCUCUUCAACACAUCUGUCCUCACAUACUAUGGCGUGGAGAAGCUGGUGGAUGCCUUCUCACGGCAACCUGCUGGCCAGAUCGGUGGAGGCUACAACAUGAACUCUGUUGUCACCAAUGUUGCCGUGCGAACAAUAAAGGAGUCGCGCCAGCUUCGGGUCCAGCCUUUCAAUGAGUACAGGAAGCGUUUUAACCUGGAGCCGUACACGUCGUUCAGAGACUUCACCGAUAACAAGGAGAUAGCCAGCACUCUUGAAGAGCUUUAUGGUGAUAUUGACGCUCUUGAAUUUUAUCCUGGGUUACUGCUUGAGAAGACUCGACCGGGGGCCAUCUUUGGACAAAGCAUGGUGGAAAUGGGUGCUCCGUUUUCCCUCAAAGGCCUCCUGGGAAACCCCAUAUGUUCUCCAGAAUACUGGAAGCCCAGCACAUUUGGAGGCAAAGUCGGCUUCGACAUCGUAAACUCUGCCACUCUGAAGAAGCUGGUGUGCCUGAACUCCAGGACGUGCCCCUAUGUGGCGUUCAGAGUUCCAGCAGAGGAGAAACCAGAUAGGAACGAUGGGAGAGAACGAAGCAAUGAGCUAUGCUGGGCCGCUGCCAUGACAACUCUGGAUGACAAGUUGCUGGGCGAGAAGCUGCAGUACUACUACAGCAGCAGUGAGGAUGAAGGCAGUGACAAUGAAGAUGAAGAUGGGGAGAAAAAGACUAUCCGUGAUGCAAGUGCCUCUGAGCCAGAGAUAGACUACAGUGCAGAUGGAAGUGCUGUUAACACAGGUCCAAAGGGAGUCAUCAAUGAUUGGAGGAAGUACAAGCAGCUGGAAGUGGAACAGAGGCAGGAGCAGAAAAGGGAAAUGGAAAGACUGAUAAAGAAGCUGUCAAUGACAUGCCGCUCAGACCUUGACCUGAAAAAAGACAAAGAGGAGGAGAAGAAGCUUCAGGACAAAAUUAAAAGCAAAAUGACUAUGCAGGAGUACAACAUGCUCCAGGAGGAAGAGGACGAUGAAGACUUCCUGCAGCAGUACCGCAUGCAGCGCAUCGAACAGAUGCGGCGCCAGCUCUGCCGUGGAAAACGCUUUGAGCGCGUUCAUGAGCUCAAUAGCGGGGAGGAGUUCCUGGAGGCUUUGGACAACGAGGACAAGAGCACACUGAUAAUGAUCCACAUCUAUGAGCCAGAUAUCCCCGGCUGCGACGCCAUGAGCGGCUGCCUGAUGUGCCUGGCACAGGAAUACCCUCUGGUGAAGUUCUGCAGCGUGCGCAGCUCAGCCAUCAGCACCAGCGAGCUGUUCAGAGAGAGCGCCCUGCCCGCUCUGCUCGUCUACAAAGCAGGAGACCUGAUAGGCAACUUUGUGCGGCUCACCGACCAGCUUGGGGAGGAUUUCUUCGCCGUAGACCUGGAGGCGCUUCUACAGGAGUACGGCCUGCUGCCGGAGAAGCCCCCUAUCGUCCCAAAAACACUUCGUAACGGAGCCAUCAUUCAGAGCAACGUGAGCGAUGAAGACUCAGACCUUGACAUAGACUAGUUCUCUAUUAUCCAGUAUGUACAUUUCAUUUGGUAAACCUGCACACCCCGUUAGCAUGGACUGUAUAUCAUAUUUAUUUCUGAGAACCCCUUGUAGAGGUCCUGCUCUCAUCUUACAGCACCAGAGCCAAAGCAGAAGAAGUAAAUGACUUCAUAUCAUUCCUUUCUGAAUAUUUGGACAUUAUCAUAUUGUUUGAAACAGAGAGAGUAAUACGGCUGUAUGUACAGUUCAUUUAAUCCUUGAAGCUCUCAUGGUUGACCUCUAUCUUCUGUGUUCAUUCAUUCCUCUGCAUUGUUUCCUAGCUUGUCAGCUCUAUGAAAUGUUUCACUCUUAACAAAGUUGAACCUUUAAUUCCAGACUGACAUUUUAUUAGUUUUGUAACUUUUCUAUGUGCUGUAACCUGAAAUAAACUGCAGCGUGUUUCAAAAUGAAA